UGCCCUCUGUUUCUUUUCCUCUUGGGGGCCCUUGCUUCCAGCAAGCCCAGCACCGAUCGUCCCCCCGCGAACGGCUUCUCCAGACCGCACGGUCUCCCAUUCGAGCCACCCACGUUUUCGCGGCGUCGCCCAUCGACCGAGGAAACAACAUGGCGGGCUCGUCAACCCCCGGCGCCGAGGGCCCUACCUUUGCGCCUCCCAGCCUGCCCGCUGGCUGGAUCGCCCAGUGGGACGGAUCCAGCAGGAAGUACUACUACGUCCAGCUGGCCACGGGCGUCUCGCAGUGGGAUGUGCCCACGGAUCCCGUGCAGACGGGCACGCCGGUCCCCGGCAGCGAGCAUCCCUACGGCUCGCCGGCGCCCCAGGUCAUCACACACCCGGACGGCUCCCAGACGAUAAAGCACGCCGACGGGAGAAUGGAGCCCAUCAUGCCCGACGGCAGCAGGGGCCCUGAUGGCCCGACGGGCGAUCGAGGACUCGGGUCAAUGGCUAUGAACAUGCUCAUGGGCGGCAAGGGUUCGGGCGGCCAUGGUGGCAGCGGCGGCAAUCCUCUCGGCGGCCUCGCUGCCCAGUUCCUCGGCGGCGGCUCGCAUGGAAGCAGCGGCGGCCACGGUGGCAGCGGCGGCGGCAAGGAUUCCAUCGCCGGAAAGCUGGUCGGACAGCUGGCGUCGGGCCUGUUCUCGCCUUCGGGCAAGCCUUCGCAGCAGUCGCAUUCGCAACAGGGCUACCACGGCGGUUCGUCCGGCGGCACACCGCAUCAGCAGGGCGGCCUGGGCGGCCUUGUGGGUGGUGUGGCCUCUCACUUUAUGGGAGGAGACAAGCCGGGUCACGGUGGCCAGAGCUUUGGCUACUCGAAUACGGGAUCGAGCGGUAACACGUACUCGGGACAGGCCCCGACCUACAACCCUCCCGGGUCGACUCAUGGCUCGAGCCACUCAGCGACGCCGUCAUCACAUACGGGCGCGCACCAGAACCCUCCAUCUGGCAACAAUAACUCGUACCCUCCACCUCCUCCGGGUGGCCCCCCUGGUGGCCAGACGUACGGACACCAGCCAUACGGCAGCCAAUCCUACGCGCAUAGUCCGGCUCCGAGCCCGUACGGCGCAUCGCACGACCAACACGCGACAUCACACGGAGCUGGUGGCUACACACCGCAGCAGCCGAGCUACGGCACUCCCUCCCAUCAGCAAGGCUACGGAGCUCCCUCGCCUAGCGGCCAUCAACAGGGAUAUGGCGCGCCCGCAGGGCAGCAUCAGCCGGGCUACGGAGCCCCCACGGGAGGACAGCACCAGCAGCCCAACUAUGGUGCGACGACGCCGGGCGGUCAUCCUCAGUAUCCUCCCCCCCCGCCGCCUGGACAGCAGCAACAGUAUCCCCCGCCGCCUGGACAGUACCCUCCUUCUGGCGGACAGGGUGGCGGCUACAACCAGUCGUAUGGUGCUCCAGGGGGCCAGCAGCCCUACGGACAGCAGUCAUACCAGCCGGGUGCCCCCCCUGUGCCUCAUGGCAGCCAUCCCGGCCACGGAGGAUAUGGUGGCGGUUACUAGUGUUUCCGCACUGACUACAGGUCCCCCAUGGAGAUGAAUAGUUGGCGAGAAUAAUGCGGUGAUGUU